ACUACAACAUUAUUCCUGCGCGAAGGCGAGUGGGGGGGAAAAGAUGGCGGACGUGUUGAGUGUGCUGCGGCAGUACAACAUCCAGAAGAAGGAGAUCAUCGCGAAAGGCGACGAGGUCAUCUUCGGGGAGUUCUCCUGGCCGAAGAAUGUCAAAACGAACUAUGUCAUCUGGGGGACAGGGAAAGAAGGUCAGCCGAAGGAGUACUACACUCUGGACUCCAUUCUGUUCCUGCUCAACAAUGUGCACCUUCCUCAUCCGUCCUACGUCCGGCGUGCUGCUACAGAGAACAUUCCUGUAGUCAGAAGACCAGACAGAAAGGACCUACUCUCAUAUCUCAAUGGAGAAAGCUCUUCAUCAACAAGUAUCGACAGAAGUGCUCCCAUCGAGAUUGGCCUCCAGCGGCCCACACAGGUGAAAAGGGCUGCAGACGAAGUGUCUUCUGAAGCUAAAAAGCCGCGAGUUGAGGAUGAAGAGCGGGUGCGUCUGGAUAAGGAGCGUCUGGCUGCUCGUCUGGAAGGCCAUAAGGAAGGCAUUGUGCAGACGGAUCAGAUCCGCUCGCUCUCGGAGGCCAUGUCGGUGGAAAAGAUCGCCGCCAUCAAAGCCAAGAUCAUGGCCAAGAAACGCUCGACCAUCAAAACCGACCUGGACGACGACAUCACGCUGAAGCAGAGGAGUUUCGUGGACGCCGAGGUGGACGUGACGAGGGACAUCGUGAGCAGGGAGAGAGUGUGGCGGACCAGGACCACCAUCUUACAGAGCAGCGGCAAGAACUUCUCCAAAAGCAUCUUUGCCAUCCUGCAGUCGGUGAAGGCGAGAGAGGAGGGACGCGCCCCGGAGCAAAGACCGGCUCAGAACCCGACACAGACGGAUGCGGCGAUUCGGAACAAACAGCCGGUGCCGGCGGCGUACAACAGAUACGAUCAGGAGCGAUUCAAAGGGAAAGAGGAAACUGAGGGCUUCAAAAUCGACACGAUGGGAACCUACCACGGCAUGACGCUCAAAUCCGUGACGGAAGGAGCGUCGGCGCGGAAGGCCCAGACCCCGGCUCUGCAGCCUGUUCCGAGACCAGUUUCUCAAGCCAGACCUCCUCCAAACCAAAAGAAAGGCUCGAGAACACCGAUCAUCAUCAUCCCGGCUGCUACGACGUCUCUAAUCACCAUGCUCAAUGCCAAGGACCUGCUGCAGGACCUGAAGUUCAUGACAUCCGAAGAGAAGAAGAAGCAGGGCAUCCAGAGGGACAACGAGGUUCUUCUGCAGAGGCGUAAGGAGCAGCUUCAACCAGGAGGAUCCACCAUCAGUGUCACGGUUCCUUACAGAGUGAUCGACCAACCCCUCAAACUGGCACCUCAGGACUGGGACCGCGUGGUGGCCGUGUUCGUCCAGGGGCCCGCCUGGCAGUUUAAGGGCUGGCCGUGGCUCCUGCCGGAUGGAUCUCCUGUGGACAUUUUCGCCAAAAUCCGAGCGUUCCACCUGAAGUACGACGAGGUGCGCAUGGACCCUAACGUGCAGAAAUGGGACGUGACCGUGCUGGAGCUCAGCCACCACAAGCGCCACCUCGACCGGCCCGUCUUCCUGCGCUUCUGGGAGACACUGGACAAGUACAUGGUGAAACACAAGUCACACCUGCGCUUCUGAAUCCGCUUCAUCUUUGCUUGAAAUCUCUGCGUGUGGAUUUGCCUCGAUAAAGCCAGCAGCACUUUUAGUCAGGCAUUUAACAGCGUAUCGGGGUGUGUGUGUGUGUGUGUGUGUGUGUGUGUGUGUGUGUGUGUGUGUGUGUGUGUGUGUGUGUGUGUGUGGGCGUGUGUGUGGGCGCGUGUGUGUAAGAGCGAGAGAUGGCAAGUGAGCUUCUCCACUUUGUAUUUUUUCCAUGCAGUUGUGGGUGAGAGAGAGAGAGAAAUAUCUCGAACAGGAAAUGAGAUCAUGUAGAAGUGUCUUUCUUUUUGUUUUUCUUCUUCUUUCUGUUUUUCUUUUUUAUAUUCUGAUGUAAGUGGAUGAAGGUGGAGCUGCUCCUGAUGCUAGUCUAAUAAAACAACUGCCGUUUGUAAAA